AUGAAUGAAAACACUGAAAAUCUUCCUGGCACACCUCCCGAAGUGGCAGAAGCAGCUGGUGCUGUUAACCUGUUACCAGAGAAAUCUCAAAAAUUGUACAAAAUAGCGUACAAUCAAUUCAUGAAGUGGAAACAAGAAAAGAAGAUUACCUCAUUUUCCGAACGGGUGAUAUUAGCAUACUUUGCAGACUUAUCAAGUAAAUACAAAAUUUCUACGCUGUGGACUUAUUACUCCAUGCUACGAAGUACUCUCAACAUCAAUCAUAACAUUAAUAUAGAACAGUACCAUAAAUUAAGAGCAUUCUUAAAGCGUCAAGGAGAAAAUUACCAGCCAAAGAAAGCGAAAACGCUUAGUCCUCAACAAAUAACUAAAUUCAUCACUGAAGCCCCUGAUGUAAAAUAUCUAGCAACGAAGGUGGCUUUGAUAAUGGGCAUAAUGGGUGCAUGUAGGACUCAAGAACUGCAUUCAAUGCGAAUUCAAGACAUCAAAGAUUUGAAUUCAGCUUUUUUGGUAACACUGCCCAACACUAAAACAAAGAUUAGAAGAUCUUUCACAGUAACUGAAGAUUACUAUUUAAUAUGCAAAAAGUAUCUUGAUUUACGUCCAGCUGAAGUGCAAUCAGAUGUGUUUUUCCUUAAUUACCAGAAUGGUAAAUGUACUAUGCAGAGAAUAGGUAUCAAUAAAUUUGGUGGUAUGCCGAAAGAAGUUGCAGCAUAUUUGGGGCUCCCAAAUCCAGAAUUAUUUACUGGACACUCUUUUCGUAGAUCCUCGGCUACUUUAUUGGUGGAUGGUGGAGGGGACAUAACCGAUUUAAAACGCCACGGAGGAUGGAAAAGCUCCUCCGUGGCAGAGGGCUACAUAGAUAACAGUGUGAGAUACAAACUAGAAACAUCAAAGAAAAUUUUUAAACAGGUGAAUCCCUCGUCAACACCAUGUACAUCAAUUCGAGCUCCUGUAAUGGCAGAAAACUGUGAAAACAUAGAGGAGUAUGCUGCUGUAAACUGCGAUAAAGUUGUGAUGAAUCCAUCUCCCCCAUGUACAUCAAGUGAAACUAAUUGUGGUUUAAGAGAAACUAGUAAUUUUGUUAAAAAUUCCCAUUCCCUCAGUAGUAAUGUCAGUGUUGACAUGAAAGGCAAGCCAAUACAGAUUUCAAACUGCAGUGGCCAUUUUACAUUUAAUUUUCUUGCUAAGACAAGUAAUAAUAAUAAUUAAUUAC